GUUGGCAGGUCAGAAUGAGUCUGGUGGUUGUGUUUCCCGAUACCUAUCGCCCGAAACCAAGGGGAUGGCCGUGGCAGGUGGCGUUUCUCCUCCUCCCGCCCUUCUCUGGUUACUCGUCGCCAUCUCUGCAAACAAAGGGGAGGGUGUGGGACGCAGGUGACGGUGACGGAGGAGCGCAGAGGAGCGUCCAGCAGGCAGCACUGAAACCCCACCCCGGGCCAGCCGUAUAAAUGCCGCUGCGCACAGGUGAAAGCCGAUCCCCACGGGCUGCGAGCGGCGGCGGGUGACGGCGACGGAUUCGGUCGGUGGGUUCUUCUUUGCCAUCGCUCGGAGCGUGUCACUGAACCGUCCACCAUGUCCAUGGGGCUGGAGAUCGGCGGCGUGGCCCUGUCGGUGCUGGGGUGGUUGUGCAGCAUCAUCUGUUGCGCGUUGCCCAUGUGGAGGGUGACGGCCUUCAUCGGCAACAACAUCGUGACGGCCCAGAUCAUCUGGGAAGGGCUGUGGAUGAACUGCGUGGUGCAGAGCACGGGGCAGAUGCAGUGCAAGGUCUACGACUCCAUGCUGGCGCUGCCGCAGGACCUGCAGGCCGCCCGCGCCCUCCUGGUGGUGUCCAUCGUCCUGGCCGUCAUAGGCUUGAUGGUGGCCAUCGUGGGCGCCCAGUGCACCCGCUGCGUGGAGGAUGAGAGCACCAAGGCCAAGAUCACCAUCGUCUCCGGCGUCAUCUUCCUGCUCUCCGGCGUCAUGACCCUCAUCCCCGUGUGCUGGUCGGCCAACACCAUCAUCCGGGAUUUCUACAACCCGCUGGUGAUCGACGCGCAGAAGCGGGAGCUGGGCACCUCGCUCUACGUGGGCUGGGCGGCCUCCGCGCUCCUGCUGCUGGGGGGGGCCCUGCUCUGCUGCUCCUGCCCCGGGGUCCUUACCCCAGUUCAGCUCCUGGUUCACCCCAGUUGCCAGGACACUCUGCUCCUUUCCCUGCACCAGGAUGGUGCUGUGCAGUCAGGAGCAUUCCUGGCUACUCCAGUCCUGCAAAUUGCUGCUUAA